CCAAAACGAAGCGAUACAGCAACAACAUCAAAUUCAUAUGGUAUAUCUCCACUCAAGCCCGCACAUGACUUAAAACAGCCCAACACAUGUCCGGAAAAGUCAAGUACAACACCAAUAACGUAAACUAUAAACCCAAAGUCUCCCGUAGAGAAGCCGCAAACACGCAUCACACUUGAAAGAGUUGAUGCUCUUAUUACAACGCCAAAUAAAUAUGCCCAAACAAAGCCAAACCAAGCCCACAACUAAGGUUUGAAAGAAAGCCUACCCAAACAAAAACAUAAAAUAACAUAAAUGUCGUUGUCGCUGCCUCUGCCGAUCGGAGUGCCCUGUCUGCCUGUGGUGAGUUUUCCAUUAGGAAGAUGAAGCAUUGAACUUGUAUUAAUUAGCACCAUAUGUAUUUGUUUAUUAUAACAAAAUGUGAUCAUCUUCUAUGACCCCGACAGAAUUAGUUAACUUCUGACAAUAGUUGAAAGGAGAUCAACUUCUUAAGAUGCUGCCAAAACAAGUCCCAGACAACUGCCUCAUACUUAUCGGAGGUAGCCGUGGAGGUGGGGUUAGACACCGACGGCUCAUUCUUGGCCGAAAGGACAAGCUUAUAUUUGAGGCCGUGUAUGACCUGGAGCUCACCACGGACCACGCUAUCAAGCACCAACUUUGGGUCACUGCUCUUGCCUUGGGCUUGCUUGUUAUACUCGGACACCGCGAACUUCGCCACCUCUUUCACCUUGGGGUUGCUGAUGUUCUUUAUGGGCUGCCAACUGCCGAUCGGAGUUCCCUGUCAGCCUGUGGAGGUGGCGGCGGAAGCCAGAGGAAGGACGAGGGCAAGGAGUACGAGGAGGCAGUGAGGGCGUAUCGUGAUCGGUGAUUUGUUUACUGAAUUUGAAGAUUUUUUUUUUUUGGGGUCAAAUGACUAUUCACACUUGAAGUGACCUGCUUGAAAUAUGGAGGGUUGGAUGGAUAUAUAGGAGGUUACUUUCGGCCUUGCCAAAGUAUAUCUAAAUUUCACUAUUAUGGAAGAGUAUCACGUACGCUAGGAAAUAUUAUGAAAUCAUCCUUACUAAUUUACUUUUACCAAAAAGGAGAAUUUGCCGGAUUGAGGAGAUAAGGGAGGGAAAAGAGUUAAUGAGGAGAUAAAUUUUCGUAUGAUACUCGAGUAUCGGCCAUGUGAUAUAAUUAGGUAUUAUAUUAUAAAAUUAGAAUGCAAUUAAUUCC